ACCCUUCAGCUUCCCUCAGCCCACCACUGGGGAAGAUGUAUAAAUAUAGCAGGCCUAGGAUGCAAUCCACACCAAAGCCUCUUCCAAAAUGGAUCAUCACCCAAACAAUUCGAGCUCCUGUGACCCAAAAACCCCACUUCUGCCAAUUAGAAGACCCCUCCAAAACCAAAACUUCUCAUUCAAAUCAGUGUUGCCCACCAACUACCUCUUCAUCCUUCUUGGCCCCUUGGCAUGCACAUUUAUAUGCCUCUUUGUCGACCUCCAUGAUCAUGGUUCAAGCAGGAACAUGCUGGCUGUCCUCUCAUGGGUCUUCAUAUGGUGGCUUACCGAGGCCGUCCCAAUGCCAAUCACCUCCAUGUCCCCUCUCUUUCUCUUCCCCAUCUUUGGAAUCGCUUCAUCUGAGGAAGUCGCAAAAUCAUAUAUGAAUGAUGUCAUCUCUCUCAUGCUAGGUAGUUUUAUGCUAGCAUUGGCUGUGGAGCAUUAUAACAUCCACCGGCGACUAGCCUUGAAUGUGACCUUGUUGUUCUGUGGAGACCCCCUGAACCCCCCACUGCUGAUCCUUGGGAUUUGUGCCACGACGGCGUUCAUAAGCAUGUGGAUGCAAAACACAGCAGCAGCAGUGAUGAUGAUGCCAGUAGCCACUGGCAUACUGCAAUGGCUCCCAGAAGGACGUCUGGAGGUGCACCCAGCAGUGAAUCGGUUUCGCAAGGGAGUGAUACUAGGGGUGAUAUACUCGGCGGCCAUCGGAGGGAUGAGCACCCUCACGGGAACUGGUGUCAACCUCAUAUUGGUGGGGAUGUGGGGGAGCUCCUUCCCUGAGGAGAUGCCGAUCAGUUUCAGCACUUGGUUCUUCUUCGGUUUUCCCUUGGCAGUGGUGAUAUUCUUUGCAUUGUGGGGUCUGCUUUGCCUUUGCUAUCUCUCAAAGGGUUCUAGAGGUGUGCUUUCAUGUUAUAUAGACAAAAGCAGCUUGAAGAGGGAAAAAGAGUUGCUAGGUACAAGUGUUAUUUGUGUGACAGGUCCCCUGGAUUUUGCUGAAAAGAUGAUUCUAGCUGUGUUUUCAUUGCUUGUGGUUUUGUGGAUGACAAGAAGCAUAACAGAUGAAAUACCUGGAUGGGGGUCUCUAUUUCGUGGACGAGUGGGUGAUGGAACUGUUAGUGUGAUGAUGGCAACCUUGUUAUUUAUAAUUCCAAACAGAAAGCAAGAGGGAGAAAAGCUUAUGGAUUGGAACAAAUGCAAGAAGAUCCCAUGGAAUGUCAUACUGCUACUGGGGGCUGGUUUCGCGAUCGCCGAUGGUGUGCGCUCGAGUGGUCUGGCCGACAUACUCUCUGCAAGCCUGGGCUUCCUGAAGACAGUCCCACAGCUAGCAAUCACCCCCCUAGUUUGCCUUGUUAGCAGCAGCAUCACUGAGUUCACAUCUAAUAACGCCACUGCCACACUGGUCAUCCCUCUCCUCAUCCAACUGGCAAAAACCAUGAGCAUCCACCCUCUCCUGUUGAUGGUUCCUGGGGCCAUUGGAGCUCAGCUUGCCUUCUUGCUCCCCACAGGCACGCCAUCUAACAUCGUCGGGUUCACAACCGGGCACAUCGAGAUCAAAGACAUGAUUAAGAUUGGACUGCCACUAAAGGUCGCUGCCAUUGGAGCAUCAUCACUGUUGAUGCCCACAUUAGGUGCAUUUGUCUUCAGGACCCAAUAAACUUGGCAUUAUGUUGAAUUUGCACAGAGGCGUGAAGAGUCCAUGAAUCUGUAACGAAAUUUUUGUAUCCUACAGGUCGAGUUUGAGCUGAUUUUUUAUGUAUAGGUUUCCCUAUUGGUCAAGGAAUAGAUUAUUAGAUGGAGUUUCACUCCAUCCUAGUUCAAGUUUUAUAUAACUUAUUUGUAAUCAAACUUCUGGUUAUACCAAAUCUUUCUUGCA